UUUAAUUUUCAGAAAAAUGCGUUCAACGCCGAUUUAGUCAGAAUAAAAAAAAUAGGCUGAACAAAUAUGAAUUAUUUCGUAAUAAUUAUAUCUUUGAUCCUGGUUUUGCAUCCAACGGGAGGAGAAACUAACGAUGAACGAUGCAGCUGCAAAUGCCCUGAAGUGUACUGGGUGGAUGCAGAUAUUGAGACUGAUUUCCCAGAGAGAAAGCUGUACAUAAAUAGUUCUGUACGUGCUGUAGACUGUGAUUGUGAACAUGUUGUACAGCCCGUACUUAAUUUAUCUCAGGAACAGGUGGAGAAACUGUGUCCAAGAUGUAGAUGCUCUCAUGAACAAAGAUCAACUACAACUAUAAAGAUAGUUGUUAUUAUUAUCCUAUGGAUCUUGGUUUCGCUAUCUGUUUACCUUCUUUACCUUGUUUUCGUAGAACCUAUACUCAAGGGGAAACCUAUACAGAUUUAUCCAUUACAGGUUCUUCGAUCCCCUAGCGCUCCCUAUCAACCCCAGGACGAUGAGGGGUCUCUGGACAACGACAACGUCGGAAACAGCACCCCCAUGAGGGCAUACAGGGGGCCGGGGGGCGUGGUGAAUAGGCUAGGGCGGGAACAGGACCGAUGGAAGAGGCAGCUUGAGAUACAGAGAUACAGUGUUUAUGAUCGACACACCAUGUUACACCCUUGGAAAUACGUUUUCAGCAUUCAACACUUUCAAAAAAGGAAAAUGACCAAAAAAUUCUCAUUUUUACUAAAAUAUAGGUUAAACAGGUAAUGUUGUGAAUUGGAAAUUCCACUCUUUAAUAUAAUCCUUAAAAUUACGUUAGCAGUCACUUUAUUAUAUAUUGUUCUCCAUUUAUACAUUACAUAUAUUGUUAUUAUAUUAAAUUAAAGCAUGUGAUUAUAGUUAGUUUUAAAAUAGUUCACUUGAGGGGGAUUAUAUGUGAUUUUUAUCUCUCUCACUUCACCUUCCUUUAAUCAAGUGCUAGAGCAUUAAAUGGAAUAAAUUAGAAAUCUCAUCCUCAUCAAGAACCGAUACUUUCACUUCAUUGAAAAGGCAACUAUAUAUUCAAUUCAUU